UUGGACGCGGAGUUCGGGACGAAGAAGAAGAAGAAGAGCUCGAAAAAGAAGACGGUGGAGCUGGAGGACGGAGAAGAGGCAGACGUGUACGCUGGUGAGGGACGAGAUGGGACGAACACGGGGAGCGGAACGUCGUGGGAUGGUACGACGCGGGAUUACCAUUACGACGAAAUGUUGGGACGCGUGUUUGGCAUUUUGAGGGAAAAGAAUCCGCAGUUGAGCGAAAAAUCGAAGACGAUCAUCAAGCCGCCGCAGGUGCUGAGAGAAGGGACAAAAAAGACGGUAUUUGCGAACUUGAUGGAGAUUUGUAACGCGAUGCAUCGACCGAGUGAACACGUGACGCAGUACUUGUUGGCCGAGCUGGGGACGAGCGGAACGUUGGACGGACAACAGCGUUUGGUGCUCAAGGGAAGGUUUUUGCCCAAGGUUUUCGAGGGCGUGUUGCGGCAUUACUUCAUCGAUUACGUCAUUUGCAAUAUGUGCAAAUCUUCGGAUACGCAGUUGGUGAAGGAGCAGUCGUCCCGUUUGUCGUAUUGCCGAUGCCAAGCGUGCGGUGCGUCGCGUUCAGUAGGAUCGAUCGCCAGCGGCUUCCGCGCCGUCGGAAAGGGCGAACGACGCAAAGCGAGAAACGCCACGGGCUAG